AUGAAACAGAUUUUCAAUUGGUUUUAUUCUCACAAUUUUUUAAUGAGUACCUUACUCUUGAUUUAUUACUUAAUUUUAGAAAAUGCAAAAUUGGAGAAAUAUUAUAUCAUAAACAAGGAUAUAUUUCUUGUGAUUAAUGUGUUGAAGGGAGCUAUUCUCUGGUUGACCCAUAUCAAAAAUCUGAAAAUGGUCUAGUUUAAUGCCAGAAAUGCCCUAUAGAAUAUGCAAAGAAAUGUUACUCAAAUCAAAUUAUUUUAAAUUAACACUUCUGGAGAGAAUCAAAUUUAACAGAUAAUAUUUUCACUUGCUAUAUGCUAGGUUGUAAUGAAUCAGCUUACAAUUCAAUAAAUGGAUGCAUAAAAGGUUAUAUCGGUCCUCUAUGCAACUCUUGUGAUUAUAAGGGUAUAUACUGGGGAACUAGCUAUGCUUAAAAUGGGAAAUAUUGUUAUGAAUGCGGUAAAAUAGUAGAUCUUUACGUCUUUGUGGCGUUAUCUAUUUUAUUUUAUUCAUUUUACAUAUCAUUAAGUGUGUAUUCAUAGAUCAAAACUAACAUACUGA